UGGGAGGAAGAGGCGGGCGGCGGAGGCGCCGAGGGAGGGAGGCAGGCAGGCCCGGGCGCGGCUCGGAAGCCCAGCAGCCGUCUCCGCCGCGGGGGCCGACGGGAAGCCGGGUGCAGACGCCGCCAUCGCCAUAAAAAAUGGAGGACCGGUUCCAAGCCAUGUCGGAGCAGCUCCUUGACCGCAAGCGCAGGGGUAGCGAUGUUGCCUAUCCGAUCCAGCAGAAAAGGAGCCGCAAAGUGCUUACUUUAAGCGAGAAGGUCAAAGUUCUCGACUUAAUCAGGAAGGAAAAGAAAUCGUGCGCUGAGGUUGCCAAGAUGUACAAUAAGAACGAAUCCUCUAUCCGUGAAAUUAUGCGGAAGGAGAAGGAGAUUCGGACGAGUGUUGCUGUCUUACCUCAGACCGCAAAAGUUACCUCCACACUGCGUGACAAGUACUUAGUAAAGACAGAAAAGGCCCUCAAUUUAUGGAUCGAAGACAUGAACCGGGAAGGGAUUCCCAUUGAUGGCAAUGUGUUACGCCAGAAAGCACUUAGCAUAUACAAAGACUUCAGCGGGGGUUCUCCCGAAAGGAGCGACAGCAAGCCAUUUACUGCAAGCAAGGGAUGGUUGCACAGAUUCAGGAAUCGGUUUGGGCUGAGAAAUAGCAAAAUUACGGCAGAUGCAGCGUCUUUCAAUGAAGAAGAAGCCGCCACGUUUCUGGCAGAGUUGAAGAAGUUGAUUCAGGAGAAAGGAUACCAUCCAAAGCAAGUCUUCAGUUGCAAUGAAACGGGGCUCUUUUGGAAGAAGAUGCCCAACAGAACCUAUAUUCAUCAGAGUUUAAAGGAGGCGCUGGGGAAUAAAACGUGGAAUGACAAAUUAACCUUGGUGCUUUGCGGAAACACUGCGGGGCAUAUGAUAAAACCCGGCGUGGUCUACAGGGUGAAGAACCCCCGCACGCUCAAAAACAAACAUUAUCUGCCCGUGUUUUGGCAACACAAUAAGAAAGCAUGCAUUACGGACAUUUUGUUCAUAGAAUGGUUCCACCAGUGCUUCAUCCCAGAGGUGAAGAAGUACCUGCAAGAGGAAGGGCUGGAGUUUAAAGUCCUGUUAAUUAUAGACAGUUCACCCGGCCACCCCGAAACCAUUUGCUUUGAGGAUGAAGACGUCAAGGUAGUCUUCUUGCCUCCAAAUACGAGCUCCUUGCUUCAGCCCCUGCAGCAGGGCAUAAUUCAGUUUGUCAAGGCCACGUACACCCGUCUUGUGUUCGACUGCAUAUUAUCGGCCAUCGACGCUGACCCGAAUGUGGACAUCAUUCAGUGUUGGAAGUCCUUCAGCAUCGACGAUGCCAUCACGUUCAUCAAGGCUGCCAUGGGAGAACUAAAACCAGAAUGUGUGAACGCCUGUUGGAAAAACUUGUGGAGCGAAGUCGUGUAUGAUUUCAAAGACUUCCCAGAGAUCGAUGGAGAUGGUCGGAAAAUCAUCACGGCAAAACAGGUCAAGGGAGAGGGAUUUCCCAGUGGCCUCAAUGAAGACGUGACAGAACUUGGCGAGCCCCAUCAAAAAGCGUUAAUGGAUGAGAAAUGGAGAGAACUUAGUCAGGCAUGUACAGUGAUGGAGGAGGAAGACGCUGAAUCCGAUGACUCGCCAAGGUGGACGUUGCAGAGAUUUGCCGAAGUGUUUCAGAUUGCACAGACGUUGACGGACAAAAUUAUGGAGUACGAUCCAUGCCUGGAACGCAGCACUAAAGUCCUCCGCUUGAUCACAAAAGGGUUGCAGCCUCUGCAGCAUCACUUUGAUGAAUUAAAAAGAAGACGAGAACGGCUUCAUAUUCCAGUCUCCUUCCAAAAGGUUUUGGUCAAUGAACCUUCAGCUGUUGAGGAUCCCCAGCCCUUGACAUCAUCUGCGUCGGACAUCCAACCGUUGGCAACGCCGUGAGCCAGUGUUACAGAAUCACAGGAAGGACAUGAUCCAGCUUCUGAUGUAUCAUCAGAAGGACCGUCAUAGCCAAACGCUUUGGCAUUGUCAAGUCGGAUGAGGCUAAUAUUGACCUUUGGGUGACUCAAUGCCUGCAUCCCAUGAAGAACUUAGGGUUUGGUUUCAAGUAUCCACUCAAAUGUCUUGGAAAUCAUCCACUGAGGUUCCCUGGGGAGGGAGGGCUAUUGUGCCUUAUAUCUAUAAGACAAUCACUGUCUAUGGUGUUUCUUCUCCUAUAUGAUAUUUAACACAUUUGACUGAUGAAGAAGCCAGGGGAGCUUCGAAGCUUGUAUGAUGUAUUCUAUUCAUAUCUGAUUGGCCCAAUAAAGAGAUCACUGUUUUGAGGA